GUGAAACAGUGUAGCACUAAAAUUGUGGUAAUAGAUUAAAGGCACUAGCCUUCUAUUGGGAAUUGGUGUUUGGUUUGGUAAGGUUUGGUUUGAGGGAAGGAUGGUGACUUUUUCACCUUUGGACCCCCUUUUGCCUGUUGACCCAGGUGCACGGUGCACUUGGCACCACAGCCUGUGCCAACCCCUGGUUUGGCCUGUGGAGGUAGGCAGAGGUGAGCACUAUACAACUGACUCCUUUUGAGAGCUAUUAAAACCGUGUUUGCCUUGUGCCAGAUUGGUAGGCAGCAAGAAUGAGGCGGCAAAAUCAUGAAUGCCCCAUGCACCCUGCAGUGUGGGGCUGUCUGGCAUGGAGCCUGGUCUGUUGGAGAGUUACUCCCAGACUUAGAGGUUGGCUGCAAAACUGCAGAUUGCCUGUUUUGCUCCCUUCCCAUGGUGAUGGAAAUCUGUGCUCUGAAACCUGAAAGUGUUACUGAAUGUAGUUGCUGUACUCCAGAUGUGUUUUGCUUGCAACACCUGGAAGGAAAGACAGCAACCUGAACAGAGCAAGAGCAGGAGCCAGGCAGCUUAGGACGUUGACUUUUGGAAGGUGUAAAGCAAUAGCCUACUUGGGAGUUGCCCAGGGCCUAGACUUGGAAAUGCUUUAAGUCUGGAAGAAGACCAUAUUUUUCCAGUACAUGUUUUGUUAGAUGCUAGGGAAGUCUAAAUGCAGACUGGACACAAGUGCCCUGAACAGCACUGAUGUCUUUGAGAGCAUUUUAGGCAAAGGGAGGGGAAAUGAGGUGUCUCCUGCUUGACUGUCUUGUGUACUGUGUGUGGUCACUGUGAACAGAUCAUCAACCUUCUUUGGCAAGGUCCCCCUGGGCACAAGCUGGGUUUCCCUUCCUGUUACUUCCUAGAAACUGUACCCAGAAAGACAACAAAUGAUCAUUGACAAGGAGAUUAAUCCCUUUGUGGACAAGUGGGAAGAAGAAGGACAGUUCCCAGCACAUAAAGUAUUUAAAACCCUGGGACAAGCUGGAUUCUUUGGUGUAGAUAAGCCAACAGAAUAUGGUGGCAUGGGCUUGGACUUCUCCUAUAACAUUGCACUGGCACAAGAGCUGGGAAGUAUCCGUUGUGGAGGUAUUCCUAUGGCUAUUGGAGUGCAAGCUGUCAUGGCUACACCUGCUCUUACAAGGUUUGGUUCUGAUGAGUUGAAAAAACAGUUUCUUGUACCAACUAUAGCUGGAGAUUUUGUGGCUUGCUUGGGAAUCAGCGAAGCUGGAGCUGGGUCAGAUGUUGCAAAUAUCAAGACAACAGCUGUGAGAAAAGGCGAUGAAUAUGUCAUAAAUGGUGGUAAGAUGUGGACUACAUCCGGGUGCCAAGCAGACUGGAUGUGCCUGCUGGCAAACACCAGUGAAGGACCUCGCCAUCAAAAUAAAUCUCUCAUAUGUCUGCCAAUGAAUCUACCUGGCAUUCACGUUGCUAAAAAGAUAGACAAACUAGGCAUGAGGUCAUCGGACACAGCUCAGAUCUUUUUUGAAGACGUAAGGGUCCCCAGCAAAAACCUCAUCGGUGAGGAAGGAAAGGGUUUUACAUAUCAGAUGUUGCAAUUCCAAGAAGAGCGGCUGUGGGGAGCAGCCACUGUCCUGACAUCUCUGGAAACAAUAAUACAAGAAACUAUUGACUACACUCGCCAACGGAAAGUGUUUGACCAGUCUGUCUUGCACAAUCAAGCCGUGCACUUCCGUCUGGCUGAGCUGGCAACCGAAGUGGAGCUCCUUCGCGCGCUGCUGUACCGCACUGUUGCUCUCUAUGUGGAAGGCAACGAUGUGACAAAAUUUGCUUCCAUGACUAAGCUAAAGGCAGGUCGUCUGGCCCGUGAAGUGACUGACAGCUGUCUCCAGUUUUGGGGGGGAAUGGGAUUCACCAGCGAGGUUUUGGUGAGCAGGUUUUACAGAGACUUGAGAUUAGUGUCAAUAGGAGGUGGUACAGAUGAAAUCAUGCUUUCCAUCAUAUGCAAAUACAUGGAAACACUUCCAAGCAAGCAACAGUGACACACGUCCACUCUUGCUUGAAAAUUAAGCAAGGAAGAGCAUGACUUUUACUGCAUGCUGAAGGUAACAUCCAGUACAUGUUUUAAAGGUAAAGUAAGUAGAAAACAUAAAAAU